AUGUAUAGUCAAAAUGCUGUGGUUAUACAAACAAGAGUACAAGCAAUUGCGGGAAGUUUUAUUUUCCAAUCUUUUUCAUAAUCAUUAAAUGGGAUAGUUUUGAAAAUAGUGAGAACUUAUAGGUGAAUUUUUACAAUUAGCUGCAAAAAAAGAAUCAUAUAUUUUCCCGUCUCCCCCCUUCCCCGCGUAUAAAGCAUACACCUUUUUCAGUUUUCCUCUGUCCCAACGCUUCUCUAGUUCUCUUCUACCGCCCGACCUGGUGAUGUUGAGACAUUCGGGCACUAGCGCUAACGGGGGUUCUAAUGUGCUGAACAUAUUGUUCGCUGUUGGUGUGUGGUGUGCUACAUACGCAUUGGUUGCAAUUAUCGGGAUCUUUCAACUUUGUAACUUCCUUAGUUCGUCUAUUCGCAAUUGAUAAUUUGUCAUUCAUAAACCAAAAAGCGGAAAGGAUUUGACAGAAAGCUAUCAUGGGCUAUGCUCAACUGGUUAUUGGCCCUGCUGGAAGUGGGAAGUCCACUUAUUGCUCUAGUUUAUACCAACAUUGUGAAAGUGUGGGACGGCAAAUACACAUUGUGAACUUAGAUCCUGCUGCUGAAAAUUUUGAUUAUCCAGUUGCUGCAGACAUCAGAGAGCUCAUUUCUUUGGAAGAUGUUAUGGAGGAACUUGGUCUUGGACCUAAUGGUGGCCUUAUUUACUGCAUGGAGCAUCUUGAAGAUAACUUGGAUGAUUGGCUAACAGAAGAACUGGAUAAUUACUUAGAUGAUGACUACUUAGUGUUUGACUGUCCAGGCCAGAUAGAGAUUUUUUCACAUGUUCCUGUUUUAAAGAAUUUUGUGGAGCAUCUGCAGCGGAAAAAUUUCAAUGUUUGUUCUGUGUACUUGCUUGAUUCACAGUUCAUUACAGAUGUGACCAAGUUUAUCAGUGGAUGUAUGUCAUCACUUUCUGCUAUGGUUCAGCUUGAACUUCCCCAUGUUAAUAUUCUCUCCAAGAUGGACCUUGUGACGAACAAAAGGGAAAUUGAAAACUACCUGGAUCCUCUACCUGAGACAUUGUUGCCUGAGUUGAAUCAACGGAUGGCUCCGCAGUUUGAGAAGCUCAAUAAAUCUUUGAUUGAACUGGUGAGUUCUGGUUGAGGUUCCUUUACUUUAGGUUUAACUUCGGUCAAUGGAAUCCAUUCCAUCUCAACUACUUUGUUCGGAAUGUGACGGUGAGUUCAUGAUGGCUUCACAACAAUUUGUCAAAAAUACUUGCUAAUGGCUAUUAUUCGGUAUGAAAUAACUAGUUUUUGUUGUCAUUCCCCUUCCUGUUCAUCAAUCACUCAUCUUGUUGAACCGUAACCUCCUUUGUGAUUUGUUUGUGUUGUAGCCAUUGCCUCAAAAUCUUCUAUACCACGAGAUAUCAAUUAUCUUUCAUUUCUAGCAUGUACACAACUUGUCCAUUAACAUAGUAAAGGAAAGCAUUUUGCAGUAUGAACUUGAUAAUAUAGGCGAGAUACUCCUAAUUAGGCCCAGUAGAUACUCCUAAGUAAUGACUUUUCUUGUCCUUUACCUCUCUUUUGUCAUGUGAAAUUCGUGACUGUUUGACCAAACUUUUUUUGAUAAUAGGUAAACCAGUAUAGCAUGGUCACCUUUUUGCCGCUUGAUUUGAGGAAAGAACGAAGGUAAACUGCUUUCUUUUUCCUUUUCACCUGUCUUAAACCACCAAUUCUGUCUGUAAGUCUAUUAUAACGGAGACUUCUAUCAACCCAAAAAUACAAAUAAAUCUUAAUAAACUUAUCAUGUAGUUGUAUUUUUAGUAGCUUAUUUUUAAGGAACCUAAAAUGAUAUAACUCCUUUAUUUGAAAAGAUUAUGACAUUGUUCAAGACUUGAACCAUUUGACUCAAUAUCUUGAGCCUGAUACUUCAAAUCCUAUUUUGCCACUCAACUCUUGCCGUCCUGCUUUGGUGUUUUUCUGUUAAAAUGUGGAGCCUGUUUCAUUCUCUUCUGUUUAGAUGUAAAUGUAGUUCAUGCUUCCCUGAAAUCAAAAUGUGUUCAAUGGACCCUAGAUUUCCCCUUUGAAGUUUUUCACCACAUAUGUUUCAACUUUAAGUGUUGUUCUCAUGAUAGAAAGAUAAGUCUGAGUGUGUAUGAUGAAUUACACUAUGAAUAUAUUGAAUGACAAAAUAGUGAAUUUAUAUGGUUUUGCAGAAUCAUCUGCUCUUGCUUUAUAAUUUAAGCCACAUGAUCUUCUUUAACAAUGUCAAUUACACUGUUCGUCUAGUCUUUAUUGGUUCUAAAACAUUACAAAGAGAUGUUAAACAAGUGCUAUGAAACAUUUGCUUUUGGUAGGGCUAACUGAAUGAGAAUGACUUGAAUUUAUGCUGUUAGACACAAUGGCAUUGUUCUGAAAAAAAAUGGUGGCAAAAUGAGUUGGUAAAUUCAAAUUAAGUAGAAAGUUAAGGGUUAGAAGAUGAGUUUACUAGAAGAGUUAGGGUGUAGAUACUAUUUCAGCUGUUUUGAGUUCUCAAUAAAUUGUUAGAAGCUACAGUAUUUUCUCUGUUAAGGCACUCUUGGUUUAUAAUUUAAGCCACAUGCUGUUCUUUUCUUCUUUUCUGUAUGCUUUUAAGGUAGAGUCAAGUGGUCAUUUUAUUCUUUCACUAAUUCUAAUUGAGAAAUAAAAAAUUAACUAAGUGAAAACUAUGCUUAGUUACAUGGCACCUUUACAGAGAGGGUUAGGAGUUUUCAGAAAUUACACGUCCUUCCAAUUUUUGCAGAAACUGUUUGUGUAUGUCAUCGGUAUAGGACGCACGACUGGUUAGGGGAACAGUAUAAAUCACUCUAUCUAUAUUGAGAAUGAACCAUAGUAGACUUGAUUUCCAUUCCUGAUUAAACUUGGCACAUUUAACCAGUUACUUAGUAACGAGCCUUGGCAGAUGCAGAUGUUUUAAGUUUUGCAUUACUAAAGUGUGGUAACUAAUUGUUGUUUUGUGGAACUCGGCUGGUCUUAACUAAUGUCUUCACUUGAUUUACUCCAUCCAAAACAUAUUUAGUUCAGCAGAUUUGGAGCUGAACAUAUACAUAUGGUUUAAGUGUAUCAAGUUUUUGCCAAUUGCUCCUUUUUCUUUUCAUCCUUUGACUACGCACUCUUCAAUAUCGUUUCCAGAGAUGUCAAACUUGUAAAUCUCGAGCUAACCUGUCGGACAAUAGUGCUCAGUUUUGGUAUUCAUUCUACUAUUUCUGCUAUCAUGUGCAGUAUGCAAUACAUCUUGUCACAAAUCGAUAACUGCAUUCAGUAUGGAGAAGAUGCUGAUGUGAAGAUUAAAGAUUUUGACCAAGAGGAUGAUUGAAGUACUGUUAUGUAUGCAACAUUCAUCUUAUAUUUGAUUUUUUAAGUUACAUCAAGUUCACAUAAGCUGUAAUGUGGCUGUAAGCUGAUGCAUUACAAUCAUUUCUAAGUCUCAACAGAAAACUGUGAUUUCUAGUUUAGGGUAUUGUUUUUCAGUACUAGCCGAUGAUCAAACCAAAUUUCUACUGAUCACAUCACCCCUUACAAUGAGGAGUUAAAUGUGCU